AUGGCCUCCUAUAUUGUUUCCCCUAUGUGCCUCCCGUCCCCUUGGACCUCCGACCCCGAGUCGAUGUCCUCCUGGCUAUUGCUCAACCAACACACCCCCUCCACCAAAGCCACCCAUCCAAUCCAAUCCCCUUCUUCGAAGCCGUCGCAGUACUCCCACAGUAUAGACCCCUCAACAAAGCCCCAUGCCCUCGAAAAUCGCAAUGUUGUGUACCGUGAAGGUGGCUUGGAACAAAUUAUGGAUAUGCCAUUGGAUAUCAUCUGCGAAUUUUGCCUGGCGCGCAACAUCAAGGAAGUAUACUGGACUUGUCGGGUCCGCUGUUGUUCCCGAUGUAUCAAGCAACAAUUCAUUACCCAAGACGAAUUGGAUUGCUGGAUCCCCGAGGAGUUGUAUGUGCAAAAACCUGCUUCAGUAUUCCCAUACGCCGUGAUAAAUCAAUUCAAUCUCAGGCUACCUGCGACGGCACUCUAUUUCAGCCCGGUCGCCAAACAAUACCUUGCGGAGGUUUCAAGCUUGAUUUCAGCCAAGGAAGGGAAGUUGGAGGAAUGGAUCAAGGAAAAGGGCGAAGUCCAAUUAGAAAGAAUCAAGCACGCAUCUCUUUGUGAGCAUUGGCACAAUCUCUGGGUAGAGAGACCAUCGUCCACAGGCUCUUGCAUUCCCCUUUUCGACCUCUCCGUCACCAUGGUGCUCUCCGUCGCCCUUGUCUAUCUCUGGAAGGACAAGAUCCUCGGAUAA